UAUUUUUUUAUUUUAUUUAAUCAGUGUAAUUUAUAAAAAAAUAGUAGUUAACAGUAAUUUCUUUAAAUUAAUUGUUAAUUAUUAAUAAUAGGGGGUUCUGAUAUUUUAAAACCAUGGCGCUGAUCUUAAGGGGAGCGGUGAAACUUUAUUAUUAUUUAAAUGAAGAAAUUGCUGAUCAAAGAACUAAGGAUUGGCCUUUAAUGAAUACACCUUUUCCCGGCUUAUUCCUACUUUUCAUAUACUUAUUAAUAGUACUAAAAUGGCUUCCUAAAUACAUGGAGAAACGACCCGCAUAUGAUCUUCGAAAAUUUUUGGCUUUCUAUAACUUUAUUCAAAUGUUAUGUUGCAUAUACGUCGUCUACCAGAGUUUACGAUUAGGCUGGCUAAAUCAUUAUAAAUUAGUAUGUCAGCCAGUAGAUGAUGGUCCAUUAGCUCUAGAAUAUGCGUGGAAAGUCUGCUACGCGUACUUCGUCAUAAAACUAGUGGAUCUUUUCGAUACGGUAUUUUUCGUUCUGCGAAAAAAGCAAAACCAGGUGUCAUUUCUUCACGUGUACCACCAUUUCGGAAUGGUCGCUGUAGCCUGGGGGAUGGUGAAAUGGGUCCCAGGUGGCCACUCCACAAUCUUGGUUCCAGUUAAUUCGUUCGUGCACAUAAUUAUGUAUGGAUACUAUUUACUGACGACCUGGGACGAAUCUUACAAACAAUCAAUUUGGUGGAAAAAACAUGUUACACAAAUACAAAUAUUACAGUUCACAAUAAUGCUUCUGCACUUUACGGUAUUGGUGUUCGCUCCUGAGUGCGAUUUCCCGCGUCAACCAGCUUACAUACUCAUUCCACAGAAUCUAUUCAUGGUUAUUUUAUUCAGUGAUUUUUACUAUAGGUCAUAUAUCAAACCAAAUAAAAUUGUCAAAAAUGAAUAAAUCAUUGUGUGUUUGUAAUCAAUUAAUACAAAAUUUAUUAUUGAGUGAACAGCAUUUAUGUCAAAAUAAUAUUUUUAUUUGCUAAUCUGUUCAUUAUUUUAUUCAUUUUAGAGUAAUUAUUAUGCAUUUACCUUCAGCUAGUAUAAUAUGGAGUCAAUAGCACUAUGGUAAAAUAAUCUCAAAAACCCUAGCUGUAAUGAAAUUAUGUGUUUAUGUAAUAUUAUCUGAAAUUAAAAAUAUCAACAUAAAAUGAAAGUUAUUUCUUAUAAAUAAAAAUACAAAAAUAUUCUUGCGUUACAUUUUUUUAUUUAUACACAUUUACAGUAUAAAUUUACUAUUUGCAGGUAAUUUCUCUAUCUAAAUGAAAAAUCUUGAGUAUAUUCAAUAAAAAGAUAGUCCAAAACCA